AUGUCAUCUUCCUCACGAAACGCCUCUCGUACGACCGAAGAUACAUACGAAGGGCAGAACGACCAGAGGCUCGACGACUUGCACUCCAAAAUCCGCACGUUGCGAGGCAUUACGACCGACAUACACGACGAUGUGGAGCGGCAGAAUCUGAUGCUGGACGACACAGGAAACUCGUUCUCCUCAUUUGCCGGCUCACUUGCGCAGUCGUCUCGGCGGGCCACGCAGGCAUUCGGACUGGGCGAAGGCGGCCUUAGGACGUGGCGCGUCGUCAUGCUAGUUGUUGGGGCAUUCUUUGCGUUCUGGAUAGGUUCGAAGGUCUAUUCGUGGUGGGUCGGUAGUCCAUAG